GCGGCCUCCAUGGAUCGCACAGAAUGAUGAAGUCCUCUGUCCACACAGAAGAGGAUGACUUUGUUCCAGAGCUGCAGAGGAGCAUCCAUCCCAGGGAGAGGCCGGACUGGGAGGAGACGCUCAGUGCCAUGGCCAGAGGUGCCGACAUUCCGGACAUGCCGGGGGAGCUGCCCCUGCGCUCCUGCGGCAGCACCGCCAGCAUGAAGGUGAAGAACGUGAGAAAAUACAUCCCCCCGGGACUGAUGGGCUGUGAUGCCUUUCACAGGUUAUCCUUUACAAAGGGGCACUUCCCGAAGAUGGCUGAGUGUGCACAUUUCCACUAUGAAAACGUGGACUUUGGCAACAUACAGCUCUCGCUCCCAGAGGAGCAGAACGAAGUGACAAGGAAUGGCUGUGAGUCCAAGGAGCUGGUGUACCUGGUGCAGAUCUCCUGUCAGGGCAGGAGCUGGAUUGUGAAGAGGAGCUAUGAGGAUUUCCGGGUGCUGGACAAACACCUCCACCUGUGCAUCUACGACCGCCGCUUCUCGCAGCUGGCAGAGCUGCCCCGCUCCGAUGCCCUGAAGGACAGCCCCGAGCUGGUCACCCAGAUGCUGAUGGCUUACCUGGCUCGGCUCUCCACCAUCGCAGGCAAUAAGAUCAACUGUGGCCCUGCCCUCACAUGGAUGGAGAUUGAUAACAAGGGGAAUCACCUGCUGGUCCAUGAGGAAUCAUCCAUUAACGUCCCUGCUAUUGCUGCUGCCCAUGUCAUUAAGAGAUACAUUGCUCAAGCAGCAGAUGAACUGUCCUUUGAGGUGGGGGACAUCGUGUCUGUCAUCGACAUGCCACCAAAGGAGCUGACCUCGUGGUGGAGAGGAAAACACGGGUUCCAGGUUGGAUUCUUUCCCAGUGAAUGUGUUGAACUCAUCAACGACAAAGUCCCUCAGUCCGUGACCAAUUCGGUGCCAAAACCAGUGUCAAAGAAGCACGGGAAGCUCAUCACCUUCCUGAGGACAUUCAUGAAGUCGCGCCCAACGAAACAGAAACUGAAACAGCGGGGGAUCCUCAAGGAAAGGGUGUUUGGCUGUGACCUGGGCGAGCACCUGCUCAACUCUGGCCAUGACGUGCCCCAGGUCCUCAAGAGCUGCACGGAGUUCAUCGAGAAGCACGGCAUUGUGGACGGGAUAUACCGGCUGUCGGGGAUCGCCUCCAACAUCCAGAAACUGCGCCACGAGUUUGACUCGGAGCAGAUUCCCGACCUGACCAAGGACAUUUACAUCCAGGAUAUCCACUGUGUGGGCUCCCUGUGCAAGCUGUACUUCCGUGAGCUCCCCAACCCCCUGCUCACCUACCAGCUCUACGAGAAGUUCUCAGAUGCUGUUUCUGCUGCUACAGAUGAGGAGAGGCUGGUUAAAAUCCACGAUGUGAUACAGCAGCUGCCCCCUCCCCACUACAGGACACUGGAGUUCCUAAUGAGACAUUUGGCUCGUCUGGCUGAUUAUUGCUCCAUCACAAAUAUGCACACCAAGAACUUGGCCAUCGUCUGGGCUCCAAACCUCCUCAGGUCCAAGCAGAUCGAGUCUGCCUGCUUCAGUGGCACGGCCGCCUUCAUGGAGGUGCGGAUCCAGUCGGUGGUGGUGGAGUUCAUCCUGAACCACGUGGAUGUGCUCUUCAGCUCCAAGCUCAGCUCUGUCAUCAGGGAUGGGGCAGGGCACAGCUCUUUAUCCCGGCCCAAGUCUCUGCUGGUGUCCUCCCCCUCCACGAAGCUGCUCACCCUGGAGGAGGCUCAGGCACGGACACAGGCCCAGAUCAACUCUCCCAUCGUGGCAGACAGCAAGUACAUCGAAGUGGGAGAAGGCCCAGCAGCUUUGCAGGGGAAAUUCCACACAGUCAUUGACUUCCCAUCUGAAAGGAAAAGGCCUCCCAGCAAGAUAAAGAAGUCUCCAGUGGGGAGCUGGCGUUCCUUCUUUAACCUGGGAAAAUCCUCCUCCGUGUCCAAGCGCAAACUGCAGCGCAACCCCAGCGAGCCCUCGGAAAUGAAAGCCAUAGCCCUGGCAGGAGGACGAGGAGACAGCGGGACGCUCCGCUCGGCCAAGAGCGAGGAGUCCCUCACCUCCCUGCAUGCUGUGGAUGGUGAAUCCAAGCUGUUCCGGCCCAGGAGGCCCAGGUCCAGCAGCGAUGCCCUGUCUGCCUCCUUCAACGGGGAGCUCCUGGGGAACAUGAACCGCUGCAACUCCUAUGACAACCUCCCCCACGACGACAGCGACGGGGACGAGGGGCUUAUCCACGUCCCUGCCCUCAUCUCCCCCCGCUCCUCGGAGGACGUGGACCUCAGCCCGCCAGACAUCGGCGUCGCCAGCCUGGACUUCGACCCCAUGUCUUUCCAGUGCAGCCCCCCCCAGGCAGAGUCCGAGUGCCUGGACAGCAGCACCUCCCUUCUGGAGUCUGUCGAUAUCAAUAAGGAGAAGCCCAGCCUGCUCAAGAAGGAUUUAGAAUCAGGCAGCCAGUCCCAGACCCCAGGCAGUGCCACGAGCUCUGAGCCAGUGUCCCCUUUCCAGGAGAAGAUGAGUCCCUUCUUUACGCUGGACCUGAGCCCCACGGAAGAGCAGGCCUGCAAACCCCUCAGCUUCUCGCCCAAGACAGCCCGAAAGCCAAUCAAAUCUCCACCACUGAGCACAGAACCCACCUCCUUUGUGCUGCCUAGCCGUGUGCCAGAGACCAUGGGAGGAGUGCCCACCACAUCCAGGAACUCCUCUGCUUCCAGCUGGAGCAAAGAGAUUGGCAUCACUGAGAUCACAAACAGGUCCCCAACCCAGAUGUCCUUGCCCCUGAAAAACAGUGAAACAGGAACAGGGGAAGGAGCCCACCAAGAGCUGCAGCAUCCCCAGCUAGUGGCUGCUUGCAAAGCAGAUUUGCCAGAAGAAGGGGAGAGAGCCAUGCCAAGCAGUCAGAAUAAGACUGUACCCAGUGGACACACCCAGCCAGGAGCAGUUGCCCUCGACUCCCCCCAGGAUCCUGUUCCCGUCAGUUCUGUGUCUCUUAUCCCUCCUCCUCCUCCGAAAAAUGCAGCGCGCAUGCUGGCCCUAGCGUUAGCCGAGUCCGCGCAGCAAGCAUCGGCCCAGUCCCACAAAAGGCCAGGAGAUGCUCAUGCUGAAAGCACAAAUUAUGGAGAGGCUGAAGCUGGCACAGCUCUAGAAAAACUCCAUCUCUCUGCGGGCGCUCCCGACAAGCUCCACCUGUUCACUGCUGUGCCCGAGAACCACCUGCACUUCCAGCCCGGGGCACCUUUAGAGCAGGACUGCCAAGGCACGGCCGGGGAGCAGAACCACCCGCCCGGCGCACCUGGAGGCCAGGAGCCCCCGCCUCUCCACACGGGCGUGCCCGGGGACACGCCUGGCAGCAGGGAUGCGGAGCAGGAGCCGUGCAGCUUCCACCCCAGCAGAGCGGGGGACAAGGAGCCCUUCCCGGCCCAGGUGGGGGACUGGGAGCACUCGGCCGUGCACGGCCCCGGGGCGCUGCCGGAGCGGGAGCCGCCCGGCACGGAGCCGCCCGUGGAGCAGCCCCACCUGCGCGCCGGCCUGCCUGGGGACAAGCUGCACGCUCCCUGCACGCCCGAGGACAAGCUGCCACCUCCCUCCGUGGCUUCCGCCGGGGACAGGGGCGCCCCGGGUGCGGUGCCCUACCUGAGCACCCUCCCCAGCACGGCUGAGCCCCGCGCCCCGCCCGGGGCCGCCCCCCAGGCAGACGGCACCGUUCCCCCCGCGCCGCGCACGGCCCCGGCCCCGGCACAGAGACAGGAGCACCAGGCAGCCGUGGGACAGGUGCCAGCGGCCAAAGCACCCAGCGGCUCCGGGCAGAUGUGGAGCACCGCUGCACCUGAAAAGCCUCUGGAGCCCACGCCUGGCUUUGUCUCUGAGAGCAGUUCCAGUGCCCGUGGCUCCUCUUCCGUGCCCACGGGCCACCAGGGCCACUUGGAAAAGCCUCGGGAGAGCACGAGGGCACCCCCGCUGCACCUGCGCUCUGAGUCAGUCCCUGCGCCCUCCUCCUACAGCUUCACGCCUCCCGUGCCGCCCGUGAGGACACUGGAGAGCAAGAUCGCCGCAGCCAUGCACUCCAACAACGCAGACACCAUCAACAACUCCAACUACCACUCCUUCCUGGCCUCCUCCAUGCUGGCCUCCUCCGUGGAGGAGGCGCUGCUGCCGCCACCGCCGCCGCCACCUCCCAAGCACUCGUCGCUGCAGCCGGUGUACGUGCCGCACCCCAAGCCGGAGAGCCUCCCCGAGCCCCUGGGGCCUGACGGCUACCUGCACACCAAGCACCAGUACCGGCCCGACGGCGUCCCCGCCCACGGCUACCACGGCAAGGCCGAGCAGCACCAGCCCUACCCGCCCCGCCCGGAGCCGCCCGUCGCCGCGGGCGCGCGCUACGGCUCCUACGGCACGCAGGGCAAGGGCUCUGCCGCGGGCCUGCACCCCAAGCCCCGCGGCCGCACCGACUUCGUGUCCUCCGUGAGCCCCACGGGGCUGCGGGGCGCUGGCUACGCCGAGGAGGCCCCCCCGUACCCCACCAUCCGCAGGGUGCAAUCGCUGCACGUGCCCAGCGCCGCUGCCGCUGCCGCCAUCCGCUCCGUGCCCAUCUCCCGCACGGAGGUGCCCCCGGACGACGAGCCCCUGUACUGCCCGCGGCCCCUCUACCAGUACAAGCCCUAUCAGCCCCACUCCGACUACCACGUCACGCAGCUCCAGCCUUACUUCGAGAACGGGCGGGUCCAUUAUCGCUACAGUCCCUACUCCAGCUCCUCUGGCUCCCCCUACUACACCGCGGCCGACGGGAGCUUCUACGACCUGGAUCCCUACAGCACCGUGCGGGUCCGGCCCUUCCACGGCCUGCCCGGCCGCGACUUCGGCCCCUACGCGUCCCGGCUGCAGGGCAAGGGGCUGUACCGCUACCCCAGCCUGGCCGCCUACCCCCGGGCAGGGCUCAUCAACCACCUGGGCAAAGAGCACAGCUUCGUGAGCAGGGACGUGCCCCCCGCCCCGGACAUCAAGCACAUGUACAUGUCGUGGGACCUGGAGGACAUGGACAAGUACCGCAUGCAGUCCAUCCGCCGCGAGAGCCGCACACGCCAGAAGGUCAAGGGGCCCCUCAUGUCCCAGUAUGACAACGUGGCCCCGCUGCUGCAGGACGAGCUGGGCGGCCUGGACGCCGUCCACCUGCGCAGCAAAUCGGAUCCUGGCAAGAGCGGCCUGCUCACGGUGGCCGAAGGGAAGGAGGGCAGGUACCCGGCCAAGGCGGCCACGCCCGAAGGGGAUGAGCGAUACUACGGGCAGCACACAGAGCCUGAGCUGGACAGAGCCCACUAUCAUGGCGGGGGCUACGGGAACGGGCAGCCUGAGAAGCCGUCCCUGCCCCAGAAGCAGAGCAGCAUCCGGAACAGGAAGAUGCACGAGCCAGGCGGCAGCAGCAGCGAGCACAGGACACAUUUGCAGCAGGAAGCGAACCAUAGGCAGCCUUCCGAACCCAAAAACGGACCCCCUUACCCCGAGUACAGGCCCAAGGGCGGCCUGGAGCCCUCCGAGCCCAUGGGCUACCAGCACUCGGGCAGCAAAUACAUCCCAGGCAGCCAGGAGACCCUGAGGCUGAACCACAAGGACGGGAGGUUGGCAGAGGACAGGCCGGAUCUGGAGAGGCCCCGAGGCAGAGCGCCCAUGGAGAAGCACUCCAGAGACUGCUACAAGGAGGAGGAACAUGCUGCCCCUCCCGUGGCACCACCGCCCAAGCCCGAGCGGAGCCACAGCCUCCGGAUGCGGGAGCACCCCGAGCCCAUGGAGAGGGACUCUGCCCUGCUGUACCCCUACCAGACCCUGGGCAAGCGCCAAAGCACGAUGACUGUGGUGUCCCAGUACGAUAACCUGGAGGAUUAUCAUACCCUGCCUCAGCACCAAAGAGGGGGCUAUGCUGGAGCGGGGGGCUUCGUGCCCCCCGGCUUCCCCCACGUGCACAGCAGAACUUACGCCACGGCGCUGGGGCAGGGAGCCUUCCUCCCCGCAGAGCUGUGUCUGCAGAGGCCCGAAACUGAGGUGCACGUCGAGUGAGCUGGGGGGGGACGAGGGAUAGAGUCUAAGCAGCCUCUGCUGGACAGUGGACUGUUUUAUUUUUUCAGUGAUGGAGAAAAACUCCCCUACCCUGCCCCAGUGAGCAAAGCAAACCCCCCUCAGCCCUCCCCCGGCCCCCACUCACUGUUUUUAUGUAGUAGAGCUAUAGAUUUUCAUGUAGUUUUAAGCCACCUGGGAGGACAGGGCAGGCUGUUGGCACACGGGUUGCCAGAGGCUGGGCAGGGCUGACACAGAUGCUGUUGGGGCAGGGAGGGAAGGAGUUUUCCCUUCCCAGACAUGACACUGGCUGCUCCUCCCCACGCCCACGGUCCCAUGUAUGAUGGGCUGUGCACGAUGGACUGUGCCUGCAGCUCCGUCCUGCUGCAAACUGCCCAUCCCAGGCUGGCUCUCAGGAAAGGGCCGUGGAGGAACCUCGGAAUUCAGCCCCAGCAAGAAUGGGGCUGGGGCAAGGCUCCCCAGGGAUCCUCUCCUUGCUGAGGCCCUGCCUCUGCCGUGGGCGUGGUGCUCCCACUGCAGCUGCUCUGAGCUGGGUGGGGGCCUGGUUUGACUUUGAGCCUGUGGAAUAGGCUCCGAAGCCAGCUCAGAACAUGACAUGCUCAUUACAUUUCUUGCUUAUUAACAAGCUGCUUCUGCCUACAAGAAGUUCAUUUCCUUCACAUUUCUCUGUUGUAAGCAGAGGCCAGCUGCGGGAGCCAUGUAGGGCAGGUUUGCAUUUCUCACACCAAAAGAAAUAAAACACAAAACUACACCAAACCCUACCCCCAGAGCUGGGAACAGCACACCAAUUCUAUGCCAGUCCUUCCUCUUUGCUGCAAGGCUAUCCAUGGCCCAGAUGAGCUCAUUCCAUCCUGUGGCUGGCAAGACUGUGUCAUCUCACUGCAAAAAAUACUAGAAAAAUAGCUUAAAAGAAAAGU